CCGAAGUUAAUGAUAGGGGCCUGCGGAAACAUGAAGAGGGUAAGCAGCUGUGUGAAGACUGAUGAACAUGUCCUGGAAGAGCUAGAAACAGAAGGGGAGAGGCAGCUGAAAAGCCUUCUUCAGCAUCAACUUGAUACCUCUGUCUCAAUUGAAGAAUGUAUGUCUAAAAAAGAGAGCUUUGCUCCAGGUACUAUGUACAAACCCUUUGGGAAGGAAGCAGCUGGGACUAUGACUUUGUCCCAGUUCCAGACACUGCAUGAAAAGGACCAGGAAACUGCUUCUCUCAGGGAACUAGGGCUCAAUGAAACAGAAAUCUUGAUCUGGAAGAGCCAUGUUUCAGGUGAAAAGAGGACAAAACUUAGGGCAACUCCUGAAGCAAUACAGAAACGUCUUCAAGAUAUUGAAGAAAGGAUCUCAGAGCGUCAGCGCAUCCUUUGCCUGCCACAAAGAUUUGCAAAGAGUAAACAGCUGACCCGGCGAGAAAUGGAAAUAGAAAAGUCUUUAUUUCAGGGAGCUGAUCGUCACUCCUUCCUUAAGGCUCUUUAUUACCAAGCAUACCACAAAAAGACAAGUGCAGACAAGUACAUGACCUCAAUGAAGAGGAUGAUAAAAUUAGGCACAAAAGGGCCUCCCUUUUGUUGGGACCUCCCUUUCGUCAGGAUGAGUGGCGGAUGUACUCUUUCUCUUCCUCUCCAAGGCUUGGCAGAUGAACCCCAAAAGAAGAACAAAGGUGAUCCCAUGAACAACCUGGAAGGUUUUUACCAAGAGAUGAUAAUGAAAAAACGUCUUGAAGAGUUGCAACUUAUGAGAGGUGAACCCUUUGCUUCCCACUCACUGGUCUCAGCUACAUCAGUGGGUGAUAGUGGCACAGCUGAGAACCCGUCAUUACUCCAGGACAAGGGAAAACAGGCAGCACAGGGUAAAGGUCCCAGUCUCCAUGUGGCAAAAGUUAUUGAUUUUUCACCUGAGCAGUGUUGGACUGGGCCUAAGAAGCUGACGCAGCCAAUAGAAUUUGUCCCAGAAGAUGAGAUCCAGAGAAAUCGUUUGUCAGAGGAAGAGAUCCGAAAAAUUCCUAUGUUUUCUUCAUAUAAUCCAGGGGAGCCAAACAAGGUAUUAUAUCUGAAGAACCUUAGCCCUCGGGUGACUGAAAGAGAUCUUGUCUCACUGUUCGCUCGGUUCCAGGAGAAAAAAGGACCUCCAAUUCAAUUCCGAAUGAUGACUGGACGAAUGAGGGGUCAGGCUUUCAUCACCUUUCCCAAUAAGGAGAUAGCAUGGCAAGCAUUGCAUCUAGCAAAUGGAUAUAAACUGCAUGGGAAAAUAUUGGUGAUAGAGUUUGGAAAGAACAAAAAGACCCUGGAAACAGAAGAGGAAACUAAACCUAGAGCAAGCAGAAGGAAGAAAAGAAAAAAGACUACACAAGAAAUAAAUGAAAUAGAUAAUAGAAAAACUGGUGAAAAACCACUAAAACCAAAAGUUGUUUUUUUAAAAAAAUAUCAACAAAACUGGCAAACCUUUUGCUAGAUUUGACUAGGAAAAAUGUAGACUCAAAUUACUACAAUCAAAUAUAAAGGAGGAAACACAGUUAUUACUGACCUUGUAGAAACAAAGGGUUAUGAAGGAAUACUAUGAACAAUUGUAUGCUAAUAAAUUAAAUAACCCAGAUGAAAUGGAGAAAUUCCUAGAAAAACACAAACCACCAAAACCAAAUCAAACAGAAAUAGAAAAUCUGAAUAGAUCUAUAACUAGUAAAUAGGUUAAAUUAGUAAGAAAAAGUACCCACAAAUGGCUUCUUAGAUGAGUUCUACCAAACUUUUAAAGAAAAAUUAAUAGAAAUUCUUCACAAACUCUUUCAAAACAUAGAAGAGCAGAGAACACUUCUGACACAUACUACAACAUGGAAGAACCCUGAGUGAAAAGAAGCCUGUCACAAAAGACUACAUAUUAUAUGAUUCCAUUUAUAUGAAGUGCCCACAAUUGGCAAAUAUAUAGAAAUAGAAAGCAGAUUAAUGGUUGUUUAGGGCCAUGGGGGGAAUGGUGGGGGCAGGUGGGCAGGAGGAAUGGGAAGAGCUGGGGAUAAUAGCUGAAAUGUAUGUGGAUUCUUUAGAGGUUGAUGAAAAUGUUCUAAAAUUGUGGUACUGAUUGUAGAACUCUGAAUAUACUAAAAACCAUGAAUUGUACACUUUAAAUGGGUGAAUUGUGUGGUAUAUAAAUUAUGUCUUAAUAAGACUGUCACAAAAAUAGGAAGUUGGCUAUAACCCGAAUGUCCAUCAGUAGAAAAAUGGGUAAAUAACUUAUAGCACAUUUUAGUAGAAUACUAUGCAGCCAUUAUAAUAGUGAAAUAUUUCUAUGAAUGUAUUCUGACCUGUACUUGCUUCCAAGAUUUUGUAUUAUGUUAAAAAUCAAUAUGCAGAAAUAUGUAUAAUAUGAAUACAUUUUUUAAGCAAAAACAUUCAUAUAUGUAUAGUAUAUGUGUAUAUAGGUAUCCUUUCUGAAUAAGUUUAGGAAAAAGCUACGAAAUAUAUAUGCCAACCUGUAAACCUUUUUGAGGUGGGAUUGGAUAGGCUUAAGGGGGACUUUCACUUUGUAAAAUUUAUUAAGUGGUGUGAUUUAGGGUGAUUUUUACUUUUUUCAGUAUGUUUUACAUUUAAAAAAAAUUUUUUUUUUAAAUACUCUUCCAGUGGCUUGGCUUCCAGAAUAUUCGUCAGGCCUACUCUUGGGAUAUCAUCUGACUAUACUCAGGACAAACCCUUUUCCUUUGAUAUACUGCUCACUUAGGAUUAACUCUUCAAUUUUAAAUAUAGUUUAAGGGACAAUAAUUAAUCUUGGUAUAGACUCUUACAUGUGUUAUCCAGGGACAUACUUCUAACCUGAACUUUUCAGUAGGAACUCCUUCCUGUUGGGUGGAAAAUCUCACCUCUGCCCUUUACUAGACCUAUAUAGACCACAAACAAUAGAGGAAAAUAAAUUAAUGGCAGAUAUCCUUCAACUGGUGCAUAAACUGUGGUAUAUCCAUACAAUGGAAUCCUACUCAGCAAUAAAAACUAAUGAACCAUACAUGCAGCAACUUGGAUGAAUCUUAAAUGCAUUUUGCUAAGUAGAAGAAACCAGACUCAAAAGGCUAUUUACUGUUUGAUUCCAUUUAUAUUAUUUUCUGGAAAAGGCAAAUCAAUAGGAAUGGAGAAAAAAAAUCAUGGAUGUCAGGGGUUAAAGUUGGAAUACUUUUUGACUACAAAGUGGUAGGACAAGGGAUUUGUUAUAAUCAUGGAGAUUGUCUGUGUCUUAUGUGAGUACAUGCCUUUGUCAAAACUCAGAAUUGUACGCCAAAAGGAUGAAUUUUACUGUUUGUAAAUGUUUAA